GGUCCGGCGGGGACGCCCGGGGCACCUGGAGCAGGAGCCGACGUGGGUCGGGGGCCGGAGGGGGGACGGACCGGAAGCGCCUUAGCGCGGCGGCGGAGAGGCUCCCGAGCCGGGGCGGCCGCCGCCCGCAGACAUGUUCCUGGUGCGCCUGACUUCUCAGCUUGGCAGGGCUGCCCGCUGGGCAGGCUGCAGUCGGGCCUCGUCUGUCUCAGGGGUGCUGGGCAGCCACGCCUGCAGGCCCCAGUACAGCACGAAGCCAACAGGCCCAAGCAGGGCUGCCUCCCUCCCUGCCCAGAGGGCCCAGCUGGAGCUUGAGGAGAUGCUGGUCCCCAGGAAGAUGUCCAUCAGCCCCCUGGAGAGCUGGCUUACUGCCCGCUACCUCCUGCCUGGACUGGAUUCUGGGGCAGCAGGGACUGUGGUCCCGGGCCAGUUCUACGAGUGUCCACCUAUCCAGGUGGUGGAGUGGGACAAGCAGCAGGGGGGUGAGGGGGUCUGGGAAGAACCUCAGAUGCAGUGCAAAAACGUGCUGAAGAUCCGCCGGCGGAAGAUGAACCACCACAAGUACCGCAAGCUGGUCAAGAAGACGCGUUUCCUGCGACGGAAGGUCCGUGAAGCACGCUUGAAGCGGAAGCAGCUCAAGUUUGAGAGAGACCUGAGGCGAAUCUGGCUGAAGGCGGGACUGAAGGAAGCCCCCGAAGGCUGGCAGACCCCCAACAUCUACCUGAGAGGAAAAUGAGACUGAUGUCCCUCUCUAUCCCUCUUGUUCUUGGUGAUCCAUUGUAAUAAACAUUCAGAUGAUUCAGCUGCC